GGGAAAUACACCUUCUCUGAUGGUUUGGAAUACAAAGACAAUAAAUGGCAUUACUGUGAUGGCUACGACCGAAGGUUUUACACGGAAAUCUGCAAUGGCCUGAAGCCAGCAGGGAUUUCCCAGCUGACCAACCUGGACCCGCCUCGGACCAUCCCCCCCGGCUGCUAUGACUGUGGAGACGGCUUCUACAACCCGAAGACUCGAGUGGUGGUGGAUUACCGGCACCGCUUCCUGAGAAACGCAG